AUGAGUAGAUCAGGAGGCGUCGUUUGGCUGAAGACGGUGGUUCUGCUGGUGGUGGCAGCAGCGAUGUUAACAUCCGUGAGCUGUAGAAGUACGGUGUGUCACCUGAUCGGCGGGAAGGAAUUGUGGAAACCGAAUCAAAACUACACUGAUUGGUCUCUUCAACAGACGUUCUACGUCGGCGACUGGCUCCAUUUCGUAUACAACAAGGAGAUGUUCACGGUGUUGGAGGUGAAUGAAACGAGCUACACAAACUGUUCAGAUGAAGGACUCAUCUUCAACGUUACCGGAGGUUUUGGAAGCGACGUGAUUAAGCUCACUCAACCAAAGACAUACUACUCCACUGCAAAUGGAGAUUACUGCUACAAUAAUGACAUGAAAGUGGCUGUUAACGUGGUUGAAAUUGUUUAUGUUUAUCAACCUCCUCCUCCGAUGCUGUAUCUUCUUCCAUUGCAAGUGAUGUGUGUAUUGCUUCUUCUCACAAGAAAUCGUCAAUGA